AUGAGUGCCGAAGAAAACGAUCCACUUUUAGCAGCUUUACAAAACGACGAACAAUCGGGUGAACAAGCUCAAUCAGCACCAGCGGAUCCAGAAAGAGAAAGAGCAUUAUCUAAAUUCAAGGAUAAGUUAGUGGAGCAUAGAAAAUGGGAUGCUAGAUUGAAAGAUUUAAGAUUAACUAUACGAGAUUUAGAUAAAGACUACGAUAAGACUGAAAAUGAUAUUAAAGCAUUACAAUCGGUUGGACAAAUCAUUGGAGAAGUUUUGAAGCAAUUGGACGAAGAAAGAUUUAUAGUUAAAGCAUCAAGUGGACCAAGAUAUAUUGUUGGAUGUCGUAAUACUAUUAAAAGAGAAAAUUUGAAGAAUGGAGUUCGAGUUUCUUUAGAUAUGACUACCUUAACUAUAAUGAGGAUUUUACCAAGAGAAGUUGACCCAUUGGUGUAUAAUAUGACUACAUUUGAACCGGGUGAGAUUUCCUUUAAUGGUAUUGGUGGUUUAACUGAUCAAAUUAGAGAAUUAAGAGAAGUUAUUGAAUUACCAUUGAAAAAUCCAGAAUUAUUUACUAGAGUUGGUAUUAAAUCACCAAAGGGGGUUUUAUUAUAUGGACCUCCCGGUACUGGUAAAACCUUAUUAGCAAAAGCAGUUGCUGCCACAAUUGGAGCUAAUUUUAUAUUCAGUCCUGCAUCAGCCAUUGUAGAUAAAUAUAUUGGUGAAUCAGCUAGGUUGAUUAGAGAAAUGUUUGCAUACGCUAAAGAACAUGAACCAUGUAUUAUUUUCAUGGAUGAAAUUGAUGCUAUUGGUGGUAGAAGAUUUAGUGAAGGUACUUCUGCUGAUCGUGAAAUUCAAAGAACAUUAAUGGAAUUAUUAAAUCAAAUGGAUGGGUUCGAUACUUUGGGUUCAACCAAAGUUAUUAUGGCAACUAAUAGACCAGAUACUUUAGAUCCUGCUUUACUAAGAGCUGGUAGAUUAGAUAGAAAAAUUGAAAUUGGUUUACCAAAUGAAACUGGUCGUUUAGAUAUUUUUAAAAUUCAUACUUCAACUGUUGCUAAACAAGGAGAAUUUGAUUUCGAAGCUGCAGUUAAAAUGAGUGAUGGGUUUAAUGGUGCAGAUAUAAGAAAUGUUAUAACUGAAGCUGGUUUUUUCGCAAUUAGAGAUGAAAGAGAUUACAUUGUUCAAAAUGAUUUAAUGAAAGCGGUCAGAAAAGUUGCUGAUGUUAAGAAGUUGGAAGGUAAAAUAGACUAUGAAAAAUUGUAA